UAAUUGGAAUAAAAAGACUAGACGUCGACGUAGACAAAGAAACAAUAGGCGAAAAUUGCAACAGGAAGAGCCGCUCGAAAAGGUUACAGAUCAAAAACUAAACCAAAGUCUCGAAAGUGAAGGCGUUAGUAGCAACAAGCGCAUCAAACUAGAGUCAACCGUAGGGGACAAAUCAAAUACGGAAAAACUCCAUAAAAUGCCAAAACCGACACCAAUGCUGCUUCAAUGUACUUCAUUGCAUCCAUCAGUGUUACUCCAAACGUCGAGCACUAGGACACAUGUGUCGCAAAGCCAAACUUUAUCACGAAAUUCUUCUACGGUUUUCAAUUCAGAAGAGUGGACACGCAAAAGGAAUGCGCCACCACCGCCGCCGCCUCCGGCUGCCUAUUCACAUCUCAGCAUGCGCAGAACAGAUCAUCGCCAUAUCAGUACUUCAUGGCUAACAUUGGAAGCACAAGCUCCGCAUCAAUUAGAUGAACAUCCUUGGAUCCCAAAAAGGCAGAACAGAGGAGGCAACUAUAAAACCAAUUCAAAGAAGUAUCAUCAUAAUACCAAAAGUCACACAAUGGUCGAGGGACAGGCAGCAGUUCAGCCACAGCAGCAGCAGACUGGUUCAGGCAAUUCGAGCUCCGGGGGCAGCAGCGGCAGUAGCUCUGCCACAGGCGGUGGAGGUGGUGGCGGAGGCUUAUCAACCUCUUCCUCCAACAGUGUAACCAAUAGUCAGGCACAACAAAAUGGUGGCACUGCCUCAGCAACUGCAACAACUGCAGCUGCAGCUGGAUCAACAUCAACUGGCGGACAGGCUUCAGCUAAUAAUGCGGCAUCCAAUAAUAACAACAAUAAUAAUGCAUCAACAAACAAUAAUAAUAACAACAACAACAACAAUAAUAAUAAUAACAACAACAAUAACGAACCAGAUCCCAAAACCAAUCUAAUUGUCAACUAUUUGCCACAGACAAUGUCCCAGGAUGAAAUUCGUUCAUUAUUUGUUAGUUUCGGUGAGGUAGAAAGUUGUAAAUUGAUACGCGACAAGGUCACAGGUCAAAGUCUUGGAUAUGGCUUUGUCAACUAUGUGAAACAAGAGGAUGCCGAAAAGGCAAUCAAUGCAUUAAAUGGUCUACGUUUGCAGAAUAAAACCAUCAAGGUCUCCAUUGCUCGCCCCAGCUCAGAGAGUAUCAAAGGCGCCAAUUUAUAUGUAUCGGGUCUUCCAAAGAAUAUGACACAAUCCGAUUUGGAAUCAUUGUUCAGUCCAUACGGCAAGAUUAUCACUUCGCGCAUUCUAUGUGAUAAUAUCACCGGUCUCUCCAAAGGCGUUGGCUUUAUACGUUUCGAUCAGCGUUUCGAGGCUGAUCGUGCCAUUAAGGAACUAAAUGGUACAACUCCCAAAAACUCCACCGAACCGAUAACCGUUAAAUUUGCCAAUAAUCCAAGUAGCAACAAGAAUAGCAUGCAACCACUGGCUGCCUAUAUAGCACCGCAGAGUGCCCGUGGUGGUCGUGCAUUUCCGGCUAAUGCUGCGGCCGGAGCUGCAGCGGCGGCAGCUGCCGCAGCCAUACAUCCCAAUGCGGGUCGUUACAGCUCUGUGAUUUCACGGUACUCACCAUUAACCAGUGAUUUAAUUACCAAUGGCAUGAUACAAGGCAACACCAUUGCCAGCUCCGGUUGGUGCAUUUUUGUCUAUAAUCUGGCCCCCGAGACCGAGGAGAAUGUAUUGUGGCAACUCUUUGGGCCAUUCGGUGCCGUACAAUCAGUUAAGGUUAUUCGUGAUUUGCAGAGUAACAAGUGCAAGGGAUUCGGUUUUGUCACCAUGACCAACUAUGAGGAAGCUGUAUUGGCAAUACAAUCGCUCAAUGGUUACACCUUGGGCAACCGUGUGCUUCAGGUCAGCUUUAAGACCAAUAAAAAUAAGCAAACGUAAUUAUUAACCAAGUUGGCUGCUGUUGUCAAUGCCAAUGCAGCGGCGGCGGCUUUGGCGGCCAAUGGUUUGGUGAUGCAUCAACAACAACAACAGCAACAACAUCAACAUCAACAGCAGCAACAACAUCAGAAUCACAAUCAACAGCAUUACCACCACCAUCAACAACAUCAGCAACAUCAACAUCAUCAUCACAACAGACAGCACAACGCAAAUAAUCUAAUAGCUAAGCAGAAGCAACAUCAACAUCAUCAUCAACAACAACAACAACAACUUGCCACGUCCAUUAACAACCACAAUCACAAUAAGCAACAAUCAUCAAUGCCGCCAUCCAAGAAAUCCAACAACAACAACAAUACUGCAUCAACAUCAGGAGCAACAUCAUCAGCAACCACAACUGGAACAUCAAGUAAUUAUAAUGGAGAUGCAGCAGUCUGUGCCGCCGCCGCCGCUGCUGCUGCUGCCUUGACUUCCUCAUCUUCAUCGUCUGGGAAUAUACUGAAAACAUCAUCGAAAUUCAUCUACAACAAGCCACAGAAUCACUUUGAGCUAUUGCAACAGCAAUUGCAAUUGCAACAGGAAUUUGCCCAAUUUCUAACCAAUGUGGCGAAUAGUGCAAGCGGUCCAGGUGGGGGAGGAGGAGGAGGAGGUUCAUCCGGUGGAGGAGCUGUUGGCAAUCAGAAUCAUUCCUCAGGCAGUGGUAAUAAUGGCGGUAGCUCAUUAUUGGGCAAUCAUGGAUUGAAUAUGACUUCAUCGUCCUUAAAUUCUGGCAAUAAGAACAACAAUAACAACAACAAUAGCAGCAAUGGCAAUGGCUAUCAAUCAUCAUUCAUGCCAAAUUGGUCGAAUUGGUUCUUUUAGAGACAAAUUUUGCAACUUUCAACAUUUUUUGUAAACUCGAAAAGUUUAUUUUGAUUUUUGUUUUUUUCGAUUGUGAAAAAUUAUGUUAAAGCAAAUUAAGUUUAUGAGUUCUUUUUGUGGCCCCUUACUUUUUUCCUGAAUUAAGAUACGUUUGUUUAUAAUUUGGUUAAUUUUUAGUUAAAAAAUAUAUUCUAACUAAAAACAAAAUUACAAAUUUAAGUUUCACUAUAAUUGCGUUUGGAGUUCUU